CCGGUGAGCAGUCCUCCAGCAGCCGCAGUCUCUGGGCCUCUCCAGCUUCAGCGGCGACGAGCCUGCUACACUCCCUAAACUCCUCCGGCACCGCGCACCUGCCACCGCCACUGCCGCUGCAGCCGCCGGCUCUGCUACCUUCAGGCUUCUGCCUCUGAGGAGUUCUUAGCCUGUUCGGAGCCGCAGCACCGGCAAGCAGAUGGAGCUGGACCAUAUGACCACUGGCGGCCUCCACGCCUACCCUGCCCCGCGGGGUGGGCCGGCCGCCAAACCCAAUGUGAUCCUGCAGAUUGGUAAGUGCCGAGCUGAGAUGCUGGAGCACGUACGGAGGACCCACCGGCAUCUGUUGACCGAAGUGUCCAAGCAGGUGGAGCGAGAGCUGAAAGGGUUGCACAGGUCGGUGGGCAAGCUGGAGAACAACUUGGACGGCUACGUGCCCACCGGCGACUCACAGCGCUGGAAGAAGUCCAUCAAGGCCUGUCUUUGCCGCUGCCAGGAGACCAUCGCCAACCUGGAGCGCUGGGUCAAGCGUGAGAUGCACGUGUGGAGGGAGGUCUUCUACCGUCUGGAGAGGUGGGCCGACCGCCUGGAGUCCAUGGGCGGCAAGUACCCAGUGGGCAGCGAGCCGGCCCGCCACACCGUCUCUGUAGGUGUGGGGGGUCCAGAGCCCUACUGCCAGGAAGCUGAUGGCUAUGACUAUACUGUUAGCCCCUAUGCCAUCACCCCACCACCUGCCGCAGGAGAACUGCCUGAACAGGAGUCAGUUGAGGCUCAGCAAUACCAGUCUUGGGGGCCAGGUGAGGAUGGGCAACCAAGCCCUGGUGUGGAUACACAGAUCUUCGAGGACCCACGGGAGUUCCUGAGCCACCUGGAAGAGUACCUGCGGCAGGUGGGUGGCUCUGAAGAAUAUUGGCUGUCCCAGAUCCAGAACCACAUGAAUGGGCCAGCCAAGAAGUGGUGGGAGUUCAAGCAGGGCUCGGUGAAGAACUGGGUGGAGUUCAAGAAGGAGUUUCUGCAGUACAGUGAAGGCACACUCUCCCGCGAAGCCAUUCAGCGGGAGCUGGACCUGCCGCAGAAGCAGGGCGAGCCGCUUGACCAGUUCCUCUGGCGCAAGCGGGACCUGUACCAGACUCUGUAUGUGGACGCUGAGGAGGAGGAGAUCAUUCAGUACGUGGUGGGCACCCUGCAGCCCAAGCUCAAGCGCUUUCUCCGCCACCCACUCCCCAAGACCCUGGAGCAGCUCAUCCAGAGGGGCAUGGAAGUGCAGGAUGGCCUGGAGCAGGCAGCUGAGCCUUCUGGCACCCCACUGCCCACAGAGGAUGAGACUGAGGCACUCACACCUGCUCUUACCAGCGAGUCAGUAGCCAGUGACAGGACCCAGCCUGAAUAGAGGGGCCAGCCCAGGGUCCCCAGCCUGUCUGCCACACCCAGCCUGUGGCUUUUGCCAACUAGGACUUAAGCUGGGGCUGACUCCCAAAGGGACGCCCUGUCCAGCCAGACAUCUACUCACCCACUGGCCUGACUCACAACUGCCACACAACCAUGCUCCGUGGACAGAACAUCAAGAAGCCCCUCUCCCAUAGGGCUCCCACCUGCCACCUACCCCUCACCUGUCUGCCCUGGUCUUGGCCCCAGCCCCAUUGGCCUCACCCUCUACACUCUCAGACCAUCACAGAACACCUCUGGCUUCCUCAUUCUGCUCCAGUGUCCAGGGCCCUUUGGGUAAUCAAGAAAACAGAUGUCUGAAAGGCAAAGGAAAGAAGGCACCAAAACCCAGGGGACAUCCCAGUGCAGAUGCUAGAGCAGAAUCAGAGAUGCUGAGGGAACCUCAACUUCCGGGGAUGGAGCCCGCUCCUACAGACACAGCAGAUCCAGCUGGUGCCCUAGCUGCCUCCCAGAGCAACUGGCCAGUCUUGGGAGGGGAGCUAUAGCCCCAAAUGCAGCUGAAGCAGCAGACCUGACAUCCUGGCACCUCCUGGCCCCCAGCAGUGAUUCAUACCAGUGAAGAAAAGCAGAGCUCAGCUCCGUGACUCAGCCAUGACAGGCGGAGGGUCCCAGAGGGGCUGAGCCCUCACACCCAGCUGAGGCAGCGGCUGGAGCCCACAGAGCCAGGAGAACAACACCAGGUCUCAAGGCUGCUGAGAAGUCUUUCCUGCCAUGUCUGGAACGGGCACUACCACAGCACCAGCACCAUCCCCUCCUCUCUUGAAGCUGCCUGCACAGAGGUUCCAAGACACUUUUAAGGCAGAGAAAACAGGAUCACAGAGAGGAGGUGCCUGGCAGAGGGCAGCACCCCAGCUCGGCCUGAGAGCUGAAGAUGAAGACAAGCCAGCGUGCAACCACGGGUCUGCCAUGAUGCCCGCCCCGCUGGCCACUCACUAGCUGCCUGCCACGAGCCACUGCAGCUUGAGCAGGGUCUGUACCCUUGGCCCUCCUAGCACAGAGCCCAGCUCGCUGCGUGGCCCUUGGCUCCCCCCGCCAGAAGGUUGCAGGAGCCUUAAGGCUUGGGCCUGAGCCCAGCCUGAUCUUCAGUGCUGUGCCCCACCCAGACUGGGCCCAGCCCAGUCCCAGGAGACCCCAGGCCUUGGCUCCUAGGCUGUUCCAGGCACUUCCCUGAUCUGCCUGGUGAUUGCCCAGCUGAAACCUUAUCCAUGCUCCAGCUCCAACCACCUUGUGCUGUGCACCUGUGUCUGCAGUCUGAGCAGGCUUUGUUGCGGUUCCUCCAUCUGCCUGGUCUAUUGGUAUUCUGAGACCAGUUCCACUGAUGUUCUGACAGAUCCUCCACCCUGUGCCCCUGCCAGCCCCCAAAGGUUUAUUUUUGCACAUAAGCCAUGACCCAUAUUCAUUUGGCUGGCAGAGGGUGUAGGUAGGCCCUGGGGACUAGGGAGACCCUGGAGAUCUCAAGAGAGUGUGGCUAUUCCCUAUUUUCACCAAGCCUUGAAUAUCCAGCCAGGCCAUCUGCCC